AUGUUCAAACUCUGUUUGGUGUUGUCUCUGCUGCCCAGGUCUCACAGCGCCCCCCACAGGAGUGACGUCAAAGUGGAGCUGCUGAACCCGAGGCAACUCCAGACCAGCUCCCAGGAUGCAGUUGGUGAUGCGGGGGUCCAGACUGAGGAGGAGCGGUUCUCUGGUCGUCUGGGAAACGCCACCAACGCAGCAGCUGCAGCUGCAGCGGCUGCUGUCGCAGCUACUGCUCCUCUCAUCAAGGCUCAGUCAGAUAUGGAGGCUCGUGUGUGUCAGCUGACGGACGGUGUUCAGCAGCUGCUGCAGGCACACAGGGAGGAUGGGGAAAGGGGGCGGGGCCUAAACCAGCGGACACACCUGGAAAAGCUGCACAGUCAACAGCUGCAGCUGCAGAGCCAGCUGCUGGAGUCAGCCCUCAAGAUAGUGACUGGCCACGCCCCCACAACCUCUACAGCUUCUGGACUCAAGAUCUCAGAUCCCAACCCAGUCCACCUGCAGGUCACACACCUGGACACUGCAGCAAACGCCCACAGCAACCAGCAGCAAAGCUCCCCGGCAACCAGAGCCGCCGCUGCCUUGGAGACCGACCCAGUUGCCAUAGCAACACCCAGCUGUGACCUAAGGCCAGAGCAAACCAGGUGAUGGGGGGAUGGGGGGUGUUUGUGUGGGUUUGAGUGGCAGGUUUGUUCAACAGAGACUGAAAAUAAAUGAUGCAGACUGACCCCCCCCCAGCUCACGACUGAGCGAACACAGAUUUGUUCUGACCGAUCGGAUCAUAAACUGUAAAUAAAGAUGGAUGACGGCUCGCAAAAGUGAACUCAACUGUCUCCAUCCCCCUGGUGGCUAGCUGCAGUACAGGUCAUAGACCCCGCCUCCCCAUCAGUGGGUGUGUCACUCGUCAUAAUGCAACUCGCAUAAUCAUUCAGGGAGAGAGAGACGGGGGCGAACAAGGCUGCAGCUCAUCCUAUAUUCAGCAGCCUCACCCUCGUCCUGCAGCACCAGGCACGUUUCCACGGCAACACAGACGAUGAAGAGUGUGUGUGUGUGUGUGUGUGUGUGU